AUGUUUUAUUAUGAUAGGGUGCAAGCCGACGCCCAUGUACCGACAUACGAUGAGCUCCUUGCGGAGAACAUACGCCUGAAAAAUGGUGCACGGCGUCGCGUCCCAGGAGAUCCACAUACUGCAGAAUUCGAUUUGGAUGUCGACCAUAAUUGCGAUAUGUUUGAACGGUAUCUAUUUGAGACAGUACAACAGACAAUUGUCCGCAGUGAUUUUGACUCUCGAUGUAUCCUAUUUCCAGUGCGAGAUUCAAGUAAGAUACUUAUCGACUAUGAUAAGACCUGGAAUUCAUGGGUCCACUAUGCCGUACAAUAUCCAGAGUUCGAUCAAGAGCACGAGCUUUUCUGGGAGCAAUUCGACGCUGGUAUGCUCGACGGACAUGCUCAUCCUUCUUGGCUGGCUCUCUACUUUGCCGUUCUUGCGGUGAGAAUAAUCAUAUCCUAUUCUGACGAGCGGCGGCCUUAA